AUGAAGCAGGAGCUGGUGGAGGAAGGCAGCAGAUGCUCCAUCCUCUCCAAGCAGCACCGCUUUAACGAGCACUGCUGCAUCCGCUGCUGCGCGCCCUUCACCUUCCUGCUCAACCCCAAGCGCCAGUGCCUGGACUGCCAGUACAACGUCUGCAAGACCUGCUGCACCUACAGCAAGAGGGACAAAGCCUGGCUGUGCUCAGCGUGUCAGAAGGGCAGGAUUUUGAAGACGCAGUCGCUCGAAUGGUAUUACAAUAAUGUGAAGAGUCGCUUCAAGAGGUUCGGCAGCGCCAAGGUUUUGAAGACUCUGUACAGAAAGCACAUCAUUGAAAGAGGAGCAUUCUCUGAUCUCCCAGAAAGCAGCGUUCACGAGGGAAGCAACGACAACGAUGGCAGCAUCUGUGGCAGUGACUCCGCCUUCUACAAACAGAGCGAAGGACACAGUAUGGCAGAGACACUCACAGUCGCCCUGCGUGUUGCUGAAGAGGCUAUAGAGGAGGCCAUUGCUAAGGCCGAGGAGUUCAGUGACAGCUUGGAGAAGCAGAAUGAGGCUCGGUAUCUUCAGGACCACAAAGAGGAGCUCAUAGAAGAACUUGCCACAACCAUUGUACAAAAAAUCAUCCAGAGGAGGAAGCGUUCAGAGAUGCAGACAGAGUAUGACUUUGUCUGGCCUCUGUCUCAGUCUCUGAUCCAGCCCAGUGAGCUGCCCUCUCCUUCUCAGCCUCACACUUCAUCACAAGGACCGCAAGACCCCCUCAAAACCUCCUGCUCUCUCUGGCGGUCACGGUCAGCGUUCUCUCUCACCAGUGACGACUCCCCGGAGAAGGGUCCAGAGGAGGAGGGAGCUGAGGCCAGCACUGGCGGCUUACAGGAAUACACUUCUCUGAAGAGGGAGCCCAAGGCGGCCACGUCUUUACCCAGCUGGAAGAGCAUGGAUCGCCUGGAUAACUCAAGUGCAUCCUCGGUGCUCCAGAGCCCAGACGGCAACUGGAUUGCUUUGCACAGUUCUCAGCUGUCUCGGCCCAGCCUGCUCACCAAGAGGAAGAGCCUGUUGUUCAGCGUGCUGGAAAAGGAGUCCGGUGUUGUCUCCGCUUACGACGAGAUGGGAUCUGACUCGGAAGAGAACGAUGAAGGCGGCUGGGGUGCGGCGCUGAGACAGUUUCGGCGUAAACUGUCAGACGAGACUUACUACACGGACUCGCAGCACGACCCCGAGUGGACUUACACUCAGCACCUUCCCGUCACCUCACCGUCCUCUGGCCAGUACACCAACACAGAGACUCUCAACUCGGACUCCGAGGCCUCAUCAGUGCUGUCUGCAUGUCCUCGUAAACCGCCUCACAGCUUGAUGAGGAGGAAAGGACCACCGGAUACCCACCUUCACCCUCAACACCAGCCGCUGCAUCAACAACACCUUCAACAGAACUUUUCUCCAUACCCGGUCCAAUCUGAGUCAUUGGAUGUGAACUUUAACCCUAAGGUGAUGGGAGACAGCAGCGAGGCAGAGGAGCGGCACAGUGAUCCCAUCAGAAGAUCACGGCGGCGCAGGAGGAGCAAGAGGGAGUUGUCAGCAGAGCAAAACAGGCCUGGAGGCCAGAACCAUGCACAGUCCAUCUACCCCUUAGUGCAGGAAAACAGUGGUAUUCUACUCAACGCCCUGCUGAAGAGGGGAUUAAGUGAGGAACAGCCAAACUCUGACACUAUGCCAGUGGCCACAGCUGCACCGGACGCCUUCAAAUUAGAUGCCAUGACACCCGAGCCAGAAGACUUGGACACAGUGGCGCCAAAUUCACCGAUCCCCAGCCCUUCCAACGCCCCCUCCUUGGCUCUGGGGCGAAAGCUCUCAUCCAACAGCUUGGGGCCUGGAUCCACAUCCAGAGACCCUCUAGAAGGCGAGCUACAAUCUAGACUUGGUCAGCUGGUCAUCAGUGCCAACAGCAAAGACAGCAGCUCAUCUGAAGAGGAGUGCACAAACUGGCCUGCGGACAGACAGAUGGAUAAAGAAAGUGACAGGCAGAGAGAGAAAGUGAAGCCAAAGGGCGCAGAGCGAGAAAGGCAGUGGGCAAGUGACAAAUCGAUAGAGAGAGCAAGUGAAGCAGUGGAAGAAGAGAAUGGACAAGAGAUUAAAAAAAGUGAGAAGUUAAUAAAGAGUCCCUCGGUGAGAGAAGACGGGAGAAGUAGGGAGAGGAGGUUUGAGAAAGUGUGUGAGAGUUUAGAAAUGAAAGUAGAUGACCAGGAACAGAAAAGAGACAAAAGAGAGCCCAGCAGGCAAAGUAAGAGACAACAUAAACGAGAUGUGGAGAAGGAAGCAGGACAGAAAGGUGGAGCAAGGAGAAGUGGAUCCAGUGCAAGUUCGCCUGCUGUUACCCCUUCUUCCCACGAGGGGGUGCUGUCAAACAACCAGGUGGGACAGAAUGACUUGGAGCAACAUCAGAGGCUUCAGUUGCUCUCCUCUGUCUUACACCAGAAGUACUCAGCAGCUUCCCUCUGCAGCAUCACCACAGAGGUGCUAAAGGUUUUGAAUGCUACUGAGGAUCUGAUUGGUGAGGCAGGAGGUGAGAGCUACACCCCCUCGGAGUCCAUGAGUGCUUCUCCCAUAUCCAGCAGCUCUGAUACCCGCAGGUUGGACCAGAGGCUUACCAAGAUGGAGGAGAAUGUGUACCUUGCUGCUGGUGCAGUGUAUGGCCUUGAGGGGGCACUUGGGGACCUGGAGCAGUGCGCUCGCAGUAUUAGUCGUGGGACCACAGACCAAGAGCUGGCCUUCCUGGAAGAUCAAGUGGCUACUGCAGCUGCUCAGGUCCAGCAGUCUGAACUGCAGAUAUCAAACAUCGAGGCCAGAAUAUCAGCUCUGAAAACAGCUGGGUUGAACGUGACUGUCUGCAAUCGCUUCGCCAAGCUCAAGCCAAAAUCUAAGCCCCAAACCCUGGACUCAUCACGCCAUCAGAGGAGGAAGCUUCCAGCGCCUCCACUAAAAGAGAAGUUGGAGGCAGAGCAGCAGCUGAAAGUAUUUCGGCCAUAGUGGCAGUCAGCAGCACAAUGAGUCCCUCAGGGCUAUUUCCAAGCCCCAGGGGCAGGGGCCCUUCACAUCCAGUGCCUUAACCCAGCAUCUGCCUCUAGCUCCAGGCCAAGCAGGGGCCAGCACCUGCCCUGCGUAACCCAACUCAGCACUCACUCCUCACACAAGCUCAUUACCCAUCUGUUAAACAGCUCAAAUAGGACAUGACUGGAUCCUUCUCUCUUACCCGGAUCUGUUCCAUGCCGUUUUCUCCUCCUUACCGCACACACAUACUGACACACAUACACACAAACAUGUAACUCAACAGUCGGUUUCUCUGCCUUAAGAUCUGCAAACGCCCCUCCUGAGCCGACUCAAAAGAAUAUAUGUACAGGAAAAGAAAAACUCAGUUUUCUAUGUUUGCAAGAGUGUUGUGAAUUAACGUGCAAUGAAGCUGUGGAAAAAUCAUGUGAAACUUUGUGUGAUUCAGUGUCCCGAAAAGAGACUGAGCCAUGUUUUAUACUGCAUCGUUCUUUUCUCGCCAUGAACCAAGAAAUGUUACGGGGAAAUUAAUCAGUUUUCUUUUUUUGUUUUCUGUUUUUUUUGAUGAUGAUUGUCAAUUUUCACCUGCAUAUAGCUAUCAGAUGGUAAUCACCAAAUGGGGAUGAUUGUAACCUUUGAUAUUUUAAUGAUUUAUACAAUUUACAAGCAUACCAGGAAAGAGUUAGAAGAGACAGAGGUUUACAGUAGAUGUUAAAGCAUCGGGGCACAAGGGUUUUUGUCCUUUUGCACCACGUGCUAGAUGGCCAUAAAGGAAUACCAAGCACAUUGAGAAAUUACAUCUAGUUAAAAGAAUAAUUCAACAUUUUAGAAAUAUAAUAAUUUAUUUUAUUGCUGAGGUUUAAAUAACAGUCCAAUCAUUCUCAAGACAGUAAGUUAAGUGGGAAUAUUAUUAGCCUCAUAGCAUUUUGGCCACAUUUAUAUAUCUAAAUGAAUCUGCAGUGUUAGCAAAUUAAAGUUAGUCAGGUAUUUCAAUUUGGCCAAAAUAGGACUUAGGCAAUUAUGCUCUGGGGCUAACAAUAUGCUGCAAUCCAAUAAAAGUAAGCAGUUAGCUUAGCCCAGCUCAAGCACUGGUAAUGGGGAAACAGCUACCCUAAAAAAUAUAUAGUCCACCAGCACCUCUACACUGGUCACUCACUUUUAGCUCUUUUGGUCUCUACCAAACCUUUAAAGAAAUGUCUGCCUGGUGAAUAUGCUCUGCUGUGUUCACCAGUUGACUGCUAGCAGUUGUCUGCUAGCAGUCAACUGCUAGUGCUACUUGUAGCGGGAAAAUCAGAGAGGGAAAAUUAAUAAAUGGGCAGCUAACGAUAAGCCGUAACUGUAUAAAGCAUUGUGACGCUGAGGGGAGCUGCAUAUUCUGGAAAGUUCUCUGAGGGUUCCUCACCACAGACAGGCUCUUUUUUACAUUGCCACGUGUUUGAUGCAUGGUUACAAAAAUACUCAAAGGAGCAUUAAACUGCAUAAGAUUUUUUUGUCAAUUUUGGACAGAACCAAGCUCGCUGCUUCCCUCUUUUCAGUCUCUAAGCUAAGCAUCUGUUUGCUGAACCGAUGUUUCACCAGGGAAGAGCGCGCAUAUUUAUUUAGCAAGGGAAAAAGUGAUGGGAGCUGAUUUGUAGAGACACUCGCAUAUACUACAGCCUUAAUUUUGAAGUUGUGGGCUACGGCAUUUAAAGAAAUCUAAAUAAGGUUUGAAAAUGUCUUAGAUGGAGCUCCAUCCGAUAUUCGAGUUUGAUCUAAAAAUCCUCCUUCGGGGUGGUGUAGCCAGAUUCUCCAACACAAAGCCAUUUUCCCCGCUCCCUGCCAUUUUCUUUGUUUACUUUGAAACUUUGUGGCCUUUUUUUUGAGCAGGGGGGAAAGUGUAUUUUCAUUGUUUUCCCUUUGCUGGGUCACGUCUGAACUUUUGUGUUGCAUUCAGAAAUUCUUGUAAAGAUUUUUACAUAAAGUCUGACAAGCUGUAUAACAAAUGCCAUGAAACCAUGAUUUUGUUACGAGCAAUUUAUUUUUGUACUUACUGAACGUUUUUAUGCAAUACCACUGAAAUAAGUACUAUUGCAAAUUAAAGGCUUUAUUCUCUCCUCAAAGGAACCCACCUCAGUCGCUCCUAGCAGACUCUCUCGUGUGUGAUGACUCAAAUUGCUUUCAGUGUAAGCUUGCAUUUACCAUUCGAUGUUCUCCCAGUAAUGACGAUGGUAAAUGCUUUGAAAACACAGGUGAUGAGAGGCGCACUUGUACUCCUUAAACAUGAGAAUACUGCCUUUCAGUUUUGGGUGAUUUUAAGUUAGCCAUGCAUACGGUUGUCAGAGUUUUUCCUUUGGCUCCAGCUUAUUAAGAGCAGGUUUGGAUUCUCUGAUGGACGGUUUGAAAGGUGUGAUGAUCUUCUGUAUGAAUGCUCUGCCCCUUCUAUUAGUGACCUUUCCAUCCCUAGCCUUUUGCAUCUUGGUUUUGCACAUUGAUCCUGUAUUUUUGUCACUCUUGUUCUCCAGAGGUGUUGAUGUAUAAAACAGCAUGUUUCUGGCUUUAUCAAACUGAUGAAAUAUGUCUUACUUAAGAAGCACAGCCACAAGGGUCCAAUCAUCAGUGUCCUGUAUUUUUCUAAUGUAAAAAAAAAAAAAGAAGAAUCUCAUUGCAGAAUUUAAUAUAUGUAUAUGUGUGAAAAACAUGGAUAUGAUAUGAUAAUGUGUUUAUUGCCCAAUCAUUGUUGACAAAUCUUUCAGUGUUGUGCAAGAGACUGUGUAUAAUUGUCAUGACUUUUAAGGCUGGAUUUGCACAGGACGUGUCGUUCACUGUUGGAUCAGUGUCCCGGAUACUCAGCAAUGAUGAGAUUCUCCCAGAGCUAAAAACAAAUGUUGCUUUUGUUCCUGUUUAAAUCCAGUGUGAAUGACUACGAAGAGGUUCACUGUGCAUCGCUCCACAGGUGGGCCAUUCACUUUUAUGUGCAAUUGUUUGUUGCAAUCCAUAUGACAUGUUGGGGAAAAAUGUAACAAGCAAAAAAAAAUAAGUAAAUAAAAAUUUUAAAAAAUGCA